AUGUAUUAAUAACUUCAGUAAUUGAACCACUAUCCAUAUUCUUAUUUAGAGAUGGGCUAUUUAAAUAAGAAAAAUCAAAACUUUGAUGGGGAAAAACACAAGCUGAAACUGUCUUAAUGCUUAAAUAGAGGAAUGACCUAAUAAAGUGAAAAGGGAAUCUAUACUAAAUCGUCAGAUCAAAUCUGGAAUGAAAUCGAAGAUAUUGUGAUAAAAACAGUAAUUACCAUUCAACCUUAACUGUAACAUUACUAUCGUAGUUGUCAACCAAAAGAACCUGAUCUUUGUUAUGAACUAUUAGGUUUUGAUAUUAUUUUGGAUAGAAAGUUAAAGCCUUGGCUUUUAGAAGUCAAUCAUUUGCCUAGCUUUAAUUCAGAUACUUAAACUGACGAAUAAGUUAAAUAUGAAUUGAUCAGAGAUGUUUUCAACAUCUUAAAUCUGAGUAUAGAGCAUAGAAAAAAAAUUUACAAAGAAAUGAAAGCAGAUUAAAUGAGAUAAGCUCAAUAAAAUGGCUGUUACAAAAGAUUGAACGUUAGGGAGCAUGUUGAAAGAGUAAGAUUUGACCCUGCCACUGUAGCCAAACUCAAUCCUUCAAAUAAGUUCAGACUAAUUUAUCCAAAACCUAACGGCGACGACUAAUAUGAAAAAUAUUAGAAAAAGGCACAUGAAAUUUGGUAAAUGACAACUGGAACUUUCAGGUAAAUUCAAGCAUAGAGCCAAGUAAAGGAACCUAAGAAAAAAAAAACUUUAAAGAGCAGACAUAGAAAGUAGAGUCAAAUCCUAUUAUAAUAAUAAACAGCUGAAUAAAUAGUAAAUGAAGAAUUGAAUGAUCCUCUAGAUCACAGAAUGAUAUCAGACAAUGAAUAGUAUGAUUAAAAUAUCACACUAGCUGAUGUAAAUAAGGGAGAAAAGCUUCUCGAUAACGAUGAUACUAUAAAAGUCAUGUCUCCAAUGACAGAAAAUUAAGAUUCAAUUUCAUUAUUGAAAGAAAGAAGACAGAUUCCAGGAGUAUCAACAAGUAUGCAAACAUCUCAUAAUUUUUUUGAUAAAAGGCAGAGCUAUCAACCAAAAAUUUAAUAGCAAUCGCAGCAAGCAAUAAGUAGUCUUUAGCCUAAGAUUUCUAAAUAAAACAGUCAGAGAUAGAGUCUCAAGCAAAAUAUUAUUAGAUAAACACAAUCAAAUCCCCGCCCUCCGAAUCAAGGAAGACAAAAUUAAACAGCUACAUCGAUGUUCAACUAGAUAAAACAUAAAGGAGGAGACUUAAUCAAAUCAAAUGAGGUAUUAACCUAAUAAUAGACUGAAGAGCUGCUAAAAGUAGAUAAAUUCAAGGAUGAAAAUAAUAGUGCUAAUAAAAUACUAGAAAAUACCAUAAAUGGCCCUAAUUAAAACUUGAAUGAAUCAGAUAUCAUGCAUAAGCUUUAAAUGAAUAACGGCUAGUUGAAAUAUAAGGAAUACUGCAAAGCUUUAAUCGAUGACUUCAAUCAGGCAUACUAUAAAUCGCAAUAUUAUAAUGGGCUAAAUGGAAUUUCUUAGACAAGUUCGAACAAUCCUCAAUAGAAUUUACAAAACUAAACUCAAAAUACUUAAAUUACAGAUAAUACUAGAAGCAUUAGUCAAGGUGUAUCAUUAGCCAAUUCAAAUAUCAAUACUUUAAUAAUUCAACCUUAGAAUGUAGUGAAUGGGUCAUAGAAUAGUACUUUCAACACUUUUUACAAUCAUAAUUUUGCAACAAACAUUCCAAGUGGAAACUUAAAUUCAUAAAAUUAAUAUAUGAAGAAACUUAAGCAUGUGAUUCAUUCAAAUGCGAAUCGCUCUAAUGCUGGAGGGGGCAUACUAGGCAGACAAAAUCGAUAAGGCAUGCUAAUUGGAAGUUUGGUAAGUCCAGGUAAUCAUUAUCGCUAAAUAUAGAGUAAAACCAAUCCAUUUCAAUAAUAAGUAGUCAAGAGCAAAGAAGAUCUUGCAAUCCUGAAUAUGGCUCUGAAUCAGAGAGUGCUAAUGAGAAGUGAUUCAAUAUAAAAUAAGCAGAAUGCAGGGAUUACUAAUAAUGCAGCUGUGGUUGAUAUGGCACCAAUUAAUCUCUCAGCAGGUAUCAUUGAUUUUAAGGUUUAGUAUAAAAAGCAACAUAAGAGAUUUCAUCCUACUUCUGCCUCUUAAAAUGGUCCAGGAAUAUAAGGGCAAUUCCUUAAAAAUCAAUAGAAAGCCUUGUUAAAUCAAUAGAAGCUAUAGAAAAAUCACAUUAGCCCUAAACUAAAGUUACAAUGGAUAAAUGAAUCAGCAGAUUUAGUGAACUAUAUAACUCAUAAUGAAGAAAAUUAAAAAGAAGUCAAUCAAUAGAUCAAUAAUAAAAACAAGAGGGAAUAAAAAAAUAGUAGAAUACUGUCUAUUGAAAAUUAUGCCUAGGAUCGAAAUCUAGAUCGCCUUAAAGAAUAUGAGAAAAAAUUACAAUAAAAUUUCAGCUACUAGCAGCAAUCAUAAUGA